ACUUCUGUUGCUGCUAGUAUGAAUAAGAUCAAGCCCCUCCCUGGACACAUUCCCAUGUCAACAAUACAUUACAUCCAGCCAGACCCUACAUUCUCUUGGAUCUGUUAGGAACACUUGUACUUGGGUCUGUUAUUUCUUCACUGUCUUCUUCUCUGCUCAGGAGCAGUGGGUUUAGAAGGAGCUGACAGAAGGACUGCUACCAUGGCUGAUGGAAAGGGAUUCACCUGUCUUAUGGUCAUUCUCAUCCUGGGGAAUAUAUUUGGAGCUGCAGCAGGUCUUGCCCUUUGCGCUCUGGCCAUCUGGGUUGCAGUAGAUCAGUUCAAGCUCUACCCUAUAUCUGGUGUGUCGGGGAAAGAUGACAUCUUUGCCGGGGCCUGGAUUGCCAUUUUCACAGGCUUUGCCUUCUUCUGCAUGUGUGUCUUUGGUAUCUUGGCUGCUGCGAAGAAGAGCCGUGCCUUAAUGCUAACAUAUCUGAUCCUGAUGUUGAUUAUCUACAUAUUUGAGUGUGCCUCGUGUAUCACUGCAGUCACCCACAGAGACUAUCUGGUUGGAAACAGUAAUCUGGUGAAGGAGCAGAUGCUGAAGUACUAUGCAGCCGACGGUGACUCUGGCAGUCGGAUCACACUGACAUGGAACAAAGUGAUGAAAGAGGUGGAGUGUUGUGGAACGGAUGGCCCAGUGGACUGGAUAGAGUACAACUCCACCUUCAGGGAGAAGUUUGGUACAGACUACCCCUGGCCCACCCACUGCUGCAAGAGGAAGAACAACUACGAGGUGGUGAAUGUGGAGGCCUGCAAGAACGGCCAGAACACCACCGUGUUCACUAAGGGCUGCUUCAACCACAUUGAGUCUGUGUUCAGUCGAUAUACAUGGGCUAUCAGCUGGUAUGGUUUCGCUGUGCUAAUGUUUAUGUUCUGGCUGUUGAUCCUGGCCAUGGUGUACUACCUGAUGCUGUGAGAAGGUUAUUGACACUUUCAAUUGUAAUGUAGGAUCCUGUUAUAAUAAUGUUUACAAUUUGUUAUAACAACUUUUAAUAUACAUGUUAUUACCUUAUUAUAGGCAGCAGGUCUUGCCCUUUGCCAGAAAGUCUGGAGGAGUGUCUCUAAACAUGUUUUAUACUUUCUGCUGAAGCAACACCAACCCUCACUUCAGCAACUACCUCAUUUCUUAAAUAACAAAUGACUGUGGGAAGGAUAACAGAAAAGUUUUCUGAUAUAUAGAGAAUGAACACUGUGUAGGGAUUCAAGUGUGUGUAUAUAUAU